AUGAGGAUUUUAAAGUGGACACCAAGUUUGCGGUUCGAGAAGGAUCCUUCGGUGGUGCCAAUAUGGGUUUCCCUCUUUGAUUUGCCGAUUGAAUAUAUGCACCCAGAAGUAAUUUUUUCAACGGCUACGGCUUUGGGUCAACCAUUGAAAGUGGAUACUCCGACUUUGAAUAUGACGCGACCUCUAGUGGCUCGAUUUUGUGUAGAGGUUGAUCUCACUAAGGAACUUCCAAAAUCGGUCAAGAUCAGGGAGAAGGGCUGUAAACAUGAGCAGAUUUUCACGUUCGAACACAUUCCCUAUUGCUGCCAAAAAUGUUGUAAGAUAGGCCACAAGGAAGUUGAUUGUUGUGUGGGGAAGGCUCCGAAAAAACGAGAGGAUGGAAAAAAUGUUGAACAUGGCCGGAAGAGUGACGGGGAGAAUGAUGAUUCUAGGCCUAAAAAGAAGGGAAUAAAGAUCCCGCCACCAAAGCCGAAAUGGUUAUCUAGAGGUGGUGAAGAUGGAGCAAAACAGCAGGAUCUGGAAGUGCAAAUUUUGCAAAUGAAUCCUUUGGUUGUGAAGGCAAUAGAAUCGGUGUCGCAACCUGCUGCGAAAGCCCUGGAUCCGCGGCCUAGUGAUUUGAUGCCAGCGGAAACCCUAGUGCAGCGAGCUCUUGAAUCGACUUCUGGUCUUUUGACGCAAGAAAAAUCUCUCAUUCCGAUCGAUCUCCAUGAAGAAUUUGAUCCAUGUGUGAGAAGAAAGAAUAUAGAUGAUGAUGAUGCUCCUUUGCUAGAUGAUUCUGAGGAGGUGGAAGUUGUCUUCUCUGAGGAGAACGUAGAGCUGCAUCAGAAACAAGCAGAUGAUGUAGAAGUCAUGCUGCCUGUAAUGGAAUUACAGCGGAUGUCCCUUAUUCCGCAGUCAGUUAUUGAGAAAUCGUGUGACGAUUCUUUCACUGAAAAGACUCCAGAAGAGGAUGAUGAAGAUGAAGCAGCGGAGGAGUUCUGCUGGUCAGAAGGAGAAAGGGACGUUGCUCAUGUGGAAAGAGCUCACAAUGGUGAUAUAAUUAUAGUGAAAAGAAAGAAAGGGCAGAAAUCUAAGGAGGAAAGGGCCAAGUUGAAUGAGGGUACAGAGCUUCGUCGCUCUGCCAGCUUGCAAGAAUGA